AUGAGCAAACAAAUCCAAUCUAGUGUUUGUUGUGGUGGUGGUGGAUCCAGUGCUGGCUGCUGUGUAAGAAGCAGAAGUGGAGGCUCCUCGUGUUGCUGUGCAUGUUGCUGCUGCUGCAGAGGUGGAUCAGGACAUGUGAUUGCGGUAUCUGGAAGCCAAGGAUCAUCCUGUUGUGGCGGCAUCCAACAGAUCUCAAGUUCCAGCUGCUGUGGUGGAAGUUCUACUGGAGUUGUCGUAGUACCAGGCGGCCAGUCUUCUGGAUGCUGCAUUGGAGGAGGACAUGGGGGUGGGAUUUGCCAGCAAAAGAUUCCCCUGAUUGGAGUGGGUGGUGGAGGAAUUUGCUGUGGAGGAGGCAGUGGUGGAGGAUCAGGGGGUCAGACCGUUAUUGUACCCGGAGGUGGUAGUGGAUGUUGUGGAGGUUCAGGAGGAGUGAGGGUCGUUGGUGGUGGCAGUGGGUCUGGCUGGUGCUGUGGUGGUGGAUCAGGGGGUCAGACCGUUAUUGUACCCGGAAGUGGUAGUGGAUGUUGUGGGGGUUCAGGAGGAGUGAAGGUCAUUGGAGGUGGCAGAUGUGGAACUGGAGGAGGCUCAGGGGGUGUUAAAGUCAUUGGUGGAGGGUUUGGUGGAGGAUGUGGAACUGGUGGAGGCUCAGGGGGUGUUAAAGUCAUUGGUGGAGGGUCUGGUGGAGGAUGUGGAACUGGAGGAGGCUCAGGGGGUGUUAAAGUCAUUGGUGGAGGGUCUGGUGGAGGAUGUGGAACUGGAGGAGGCUCAGGAGGUAUUAAAGUCAUUGGUGGAGGGUCUGGUGGAGGAUGUGGAACUGGAGGAGGAUCAGGUGGGAAAACCAUUGUUACUGGAGGAAGCAGUGGAGGGUCGGUUUGUUGCAGCGAUGGGGGAAGCUCAAGUACAGUUGCAGUUAUAGGGGCUGGUGGAAGUGGAGGUGGAAGCUCAGGUGGAAAAACCAUCGUUGUAUCAGGAGGAAGUGGUGGAUCUGACUGUUGUGGCGGAGGGGGAUCUGUUGUCAUUGCUGGUGGUUCUUCUGGUGUCUCCUCCCAGACAAAAUGUCCUAUUGUUGUUCCACCCUGCAUCGGGCAAACAAAACAGGUUUGCUCACUGCCCCCAAGCAUAAAAUAA